AUAGUUUAUUUCCGUUCAUUUGUUUACAAGGACACAUCACAAUUUGAAACUCAGUUGAAUAACAUCACUUUCAGCCAAAAUAGAUUUUCCCAUAUCUGAACGACAAACUGAUCAAAUAAUACUAGCAGAUUCGUGAUGACUUGAUUUGUUAUAAGGAAAAUGAAUUUUGUUGUUUAGAACAAGGAUAUCUACGGAUUGAAAUGACAAAAACUAUUAUCACUAGCACAAAUAAUUUAUAUCGGUUUAUUGUACAUGAUGAAUUUAACGGUCACAAGGUUAUUUCACGGACUGAUUCGAGCGAUAGUCUCAGGACGAAGGGCUAACUCUUGAAACGUCGGCUUCAAAAAUUCUGUACGGUGGCUAAUUUACAUCAUCAUGUCAGUAGAUAAAAGAAAAUUGUCGACCUCCUUCCGACGCCGCAGCACAGUUGGAAACUUACCCCCUUUAUUUUACUGAGGAAGUUGAUUAACAAAUCGUGAAACUCGCAUAUCUCAAGUAAGAUUCCGCUUUGGCUGAUUGAGAGCCUUUUUAGAGAGAAAAAAACAUCAACUAUGACUCGGAGUAGGUAUUCGAAAGAGGAGGAAGUUUACUCUAAUAGUGUCACUCGCUUGAUUGAUGAUUCUUCCUUAGUAACCGUUCACGGAAGCUGUAUCAAAAUGUGACAUGAAGAAGCUCUAACAGCGGAAUUUGUUUGUAGUAGUAACCAGAACUUAUUUCAUUCGUUUAAGUUUUCUCCAUCUUCUUGUUCGAUACCAUAAUUAUUCCUUUUUAUCGAAAGUUUUCUCCUUUACAGGGUUGAAAUUUUGAUCACUCUUGCACGCAGCUUGUAAUUCGGUUACAUCAUCAUUACCGUCAUCCGCUUUACGAACUAGACGGAUACGCUAAAAAUAUCACCAACGAGUUCAAAAAACAGGUUCAGUUGUUGACACCAGUCCAACAAAAGCUUGUCAUGCUUUCCCCAGUGUCUAUAAGUUACGUUGCCGGCAAGUUGCUAAGGCUCUGAUCUUAAAGAUAUCUUAAGGAUAAGGCUUGGGAUAAAUUCUUUCCUACGAAUCAAAUCACUUGCAAACAAGCGAAAAGGUUCAAAUUACAAGCAAAGAUGUCUCGUUUUUUGGUGAUAUUUCUCCUUGCUGUGAUAUCAAGUGGUUCAGAGGGAAGUUUCUUUCGUCGAGUUUGUGAACAUCAGCGGAUGAGGAUAAAUUGCGGCUCGAAGGUCAUCAACAUCGUAAGCGCUACUUACGGACGCACCCGGAGAGGAAUUUGUGGAUUUAGAAAUAAUAGAAACACCAAUUGUCAUGCUGGAACAUCCAUGAUGGUCGCUAAAUAUGAGUGUCAAGGACAGUCAAAGUGCACAUUGCACGCUAAAAACUCAGCCUUUGGAGACCCGUGCGUGGGCACUUUCAAAUAUCUGGAAGUGAGGUAUGAGUGCGUACCAAAAUCACAAGUCCGAGACUCAGUUUUACUGCGAAUCUGUGAGCACCGCACGCAGACAAUCAGGUGUCCUUCAUGCAAACCGAAGAUCAACAUCGUAUCAGCAAACUAUGGCCGUUUAACUGGUGGCCACAUCUGUGGAGGACGAGUACGAACCACGAACUGCGGAGCUGCGGGAUCGCUCGACAAAGUGAAAAGAUCCUGCCAGGGGAAACGCAGCUGCCGUUUGACAGCAUCAAAUGGGAUCUAUGGGGAUCCUUGUGUUGGUACAUAUAAGUAUCUUGAGGUCAGAUACAGAUGUGAGGAGUGAUAGCACAUGGUCAGCGGGCGUCAGAGGUUGAAAGUUCAUGAAACAGAAAUGAUUCAAUGUAGUACAUAGAGCUUAGUAAAAGAGAUCAUUAAAGUCCUCUCGACGCUAAUAAAUGUCCGUGGUCACCUUG